AUGAAGCCGUCCGUGCAGGAGGAGGUAGAGGAUGACCUCGCAGCUGAGGAGGAGAAUAAGCUAAUCAACGAAGAGUACAAGACCUGGAAGAAGAAUGCACCAUAUCUAUACGACGUAGUCAUUACCCACGCACUAGAUUGGCCCAGCUUGACGUGCCAAUGGUUCCCAGACAAGGAGUCACCUGCUAACAAGCCAUACACGACGCACCGGCUCCUUCUGGGUACGCACACAUCCGGUCAAGCGCAGGACUACCUUCAAAUAGCCACCGUGCAGUUGCCGAAACGGGAUGAAAGCCCUUCGGCGGACAGGCUCGACCGCGCUGACUACGAUGAUGAGCGCGGUGAGCUUGGUGGCCACAGCAUCCCAGCCCAGCCUCGCGUCCAGAUUACCCAGAAGAUCAACCAUGCAGGCGAGGUCAACCGCGCGCGGUACAUGCCCCAGAACCCCGACCUCAUCGCAACCAAGGCCGUUACCGGAGAAGUGUUCGUAUUCGACCGGACCAAGCACCCCAGCGACCCAGAACGGGGAGGCGUGUGUAGGCCGGAUAUCCGGUUAGUCGGACAAAACAAGGAAGGCUUCGGGUUGGCAUGGAACCCACUGAAGAUGGGCCACAUCCUCGGCGCCUCUGAAGAUACCACCGUCUGUCACUGGGAUAUUACGUCCUACACGAAGGCGAAGACGAGUAUCGAGCCGACAACUGUAUUUAGAGGACACUCGUCCGUAGUCGGGGAUGUGGACUGGCAUACGAAGCAUGAGAACAUCUUAGCCAGUGUCGGGGACGACAAGAUGCUUAUGGUUUGGGACACCCGUGCUUCCUCUGAACCCACGACAAAGAUACAAGCACACGAUCGAGAAAUCCUUGCCGUAGCCUUCAGCCCCGCGGCCGAGAACUUGGUGUUGACUGGCAGCGCCGAUUCGACGAUCAUUCUGCACGACCUGCGUGCACCAACGAAGAAGCUGCAUGUCUUCGAGUCACAUACAGACGAAGUGCUGCAUGUCGCCUGGUCACCACACAACGCCACAGUCUUUGCCUCGGCUUCAAGUGACCGACGAAUCAACAUCUGGGACCUGUCGCAAGUCGGUGAGGAACAGACUCCGGACGAACAAGAAGAUGGGCCACCAGAACUUGUCUUCAUUCACGGAGGACAUACUGCCCGACCAACGGACUUCUGCUGGGCGCCUGGCGAGGCUGAGGCGUGGACGGCAAGCAGCACCUCAGAAGACAAUAUACUUAUGGUCUGGCAGCCAACGGCGCACAUAUGGGCUGCGAACAUGGUUAAGAUUGACGAGAGGGACCUCGAAGAACCGAUGGAAGGCAUUGAGAGUACUGGAGAUGCCGGAGGCGAGCCUUCCGCGUCCGGAAGUACAAAGGAGGAGAACCAAGGUUAG